AUGACUGACCAAUCGCUGUACGGACUGCGACCAACAUCCAAGUACUACUACGUCCACUCAUAUGCCGCGCUUUAUAAGGAGGGCGAGUUAGAAAAGCAUGGCUGGGCAAUUGCAACUGCGCGCUACGGCGAUGAGGAGUUUGUGGGCGCAGUCGCCAAAAACAACAUCUUUGCCACUCAGUUCCACCCCGAGAAGAGUGGAGCUGCAGGACUGCGUGUCCUUAAGGCAUUCCUAGACCAGAACAGGCUGUCGCCACUGCCCGAGAAGCCAUCAGACGCUGAUAUAAGAGAAGGGCUUACCAGGCGUGUUAUCGCAUGUCUCGACGUCCGGACAAACGACCAAGGCGAUCUUGUAGUGACCAAGGGCGACCAAUAUGAUGUCCGAGAGAAAGAAGGCGCCGGAAAUGCGGUACGAAAUCUGGGCAAGCCCGUCGACAUGGCCAAGAAAUACUACGAGCAAGGCGCCGACGAAGUCACCUUCCUCAACAUCACAUCAUUCCGCAACUGCCCGGUGGCCGACACGCCCAUGCUCGAGAUCCUUCGUCGAACCAGUGAAACAGUCUUUGUCCCACUCACAAUAGGCGGAGGCAUACGCGACACAGUAGAUACGGACGGAACCAAAAUCUCAGCCCUGGACAUCGCCACCAUGUACUUCAAAUCAGGCGCCGACAAAGUAAGCAUAGGCUCCGACGCCGUCACCGCAGCAGAAGAGUACUAUGCGCGCGGCGAAACUAUAUCCUCAGCCUACGGCAACCAAGCCGUCGUCAUCAGCGUAGACCCAAAGCGCGUCUACGUCGCCUCGCCAGACGCUACACCCCACCACACCAUCAAGACUGCUACCCCAGGACCAAACGGCGAGCAAUACUGCUGGUACCAAUGUACCAUCAAGGGUGGACGCGAAGGCCGCGACUUUGACGUCCGACAACUCGUCACUGCCGUCGAAGCCAUGGGCGCAGGCGAGAUUCUAUUAAACUGUAUAGACAAGGAUGGCAGCAAUAGCGGAUUCGACACUGAACUUAUCAAUGAUGUCAAGGACGCGAUUAAGAUUCCGGUUAUCGCGAGUAGUGGCGCGGGACACCCAGGACAUUUUGAAGACGUGUUUGCGCAGACCAGGACGGAUGCUGCACUUGGGGCUGGAAUGUUUCACAGAAGCGAAUAUACGGUCAAGCAGGUCAAAGACCACUUGCAAGCAAAAGGGCAACUUGUGCGUCCUUUCGAACAGGAUAUAUAG